CUUAAAUUCUAUUUUCUACACGAUUGUAUUGUAAAUUAUUAACGAAAAGAUUCUAAGAAUACAGAUAAAAUAUAUUUGGUGAAUAUACUUCGAAAUGUCGAGCGUUGAACGAAUUGUGACGUGUUAGUAACCUAGUGGCCGGUUUUCCCAAAAUUUAGUUUCUAAUUACCGAGUGUACUUAAAUGCCUUGUUUUCCUUCGAAUUAUUGAAAAUUUGAAUUAUCGAGAGGCGACUGUUGAGCGUCUGUAAUUCACCAGUACUCAACCGGGCAUACUCGGUUUCUUAUCACUAGUCACCUAUCUUUGUUCACCCAACUUCACACACGUUAAAUAAUGUGAACAGCGCGAAUGAUACCGAAUGACAAAUCAAUAAACUCGUACGGUUGUACGACUACCGGGCUAGUAUAUUAUAUUAAAUAUUAGUAAAAUAGUAACAAAGUUCAUUCCCGAGACCAAGACGAGCGAUUCGAUCGGCCGUAAGAUUUUAUUAAAGUCUUCAACGACCAACCCUUUAUUCAACCCCCUACUGUCUUUGUCUGUAUAUGAUUUAGUUUACUCGCACAGCUACUACUGCAUGACUGCGAUAAACGCACACGGCACCCACAGACGACUGAUGUUAUAUUCAAAGGAAAAACAAAUUUUCGUCAAAGGUACCGUGUCGGCGGUCACGAACAACGUUGCCGUGAACGUGUCCAAGUAUCAAAAAACGUUGCACGGUUUUGCCGUCAUUGACCGGCAAACAGUUCACGUGGUGGGUACAGAAAAUGCCGUGGAUGAUGCAGCCGAUGUUCCGCAGCAUUGUCUCGACACGAAGACCGACGUCACCCAAGUACUCUGGUGUACACUUGGCUACAUAAAUUGCUUAGUUGUCACUUGUUCAGAAGGUUUGAUCAUUUAUGAUUGCGACAAACAGUUCAAACGCAUAUACACACACAACUGUGAGGACAAAAACAUGAAGGAGAAAUACGCAAAAGGGAUAGCUGCAUUCGAGUGCACUUACCUGUGUGUCGGGAACAGUAACGGAUCAAUCAGAGUGUUCGGACCAGAUGAAGACGGACAAGUGGUGUUUUUAGACCGAAAGCUGUUCCACGGGGCUCCUAUCACUGACAUGUCAUCUUACAAACAUAAUUUGGUGUCCUGUGACGAGUCCGGUUGUACAGUACUUUCACAAAUUGAUUGUGGAGAAUUGAUGAUCAUUGCUCGAUCAAAAAUGUUUGGGGGACAUCCGUGCACUACGACAGAAAUGACUAGAGUCGGACUAAUGGCCGUAGGUUAUGGAUGUGGAACAAUUCGUAUGUUUGAUCCAGCUGUCAAAAUUAUAAACGGAGAUGCAGAAGAUCAGCUACCAAUGAUAGUCCAGAUAUCAGCACACGCUAGAUGCAUUACAUCAAUGUCGGCAGCUAAAGAUGCAGAUUUGUUGUUGAGUGUAUCUGAAGACUCGUGGAUUAGAGUGUGGAAAAUAAGUUCUACAGUAAUAAUAAUGAACAGAAACAUAUUUUGCAAAUUACCUAUGUUAGCUACUAUUUUACCAUUUCAGACAAUUACAUUAGUAUAUUGCUACAUGAAAGAAGAUACCAUGUUUGUAGGAUGCCAAUUCAUUACGAGAAAUGGAUCAAAAUUCUGUACUACUGCAUAUGAUUCACAAUAUAUAACAUGCUACACAGUAAACCAAUUGUAGGAUAUGUAACUUUAUUUAAAAAAAAAUUAAAUUAAUGUAAUUGUGGUAAAAAAAUUGAAUUUAAAACAAGACAUUGUAUUUAUAUUGUAUAAGUGGAGGGCUUAAAUAAUAAUAAAAAAAAUACAUCAGAUAUUAUGAAUAUAUAAUUUUAGUAACUUCAACAUUAUUCUGGAUGUUUCUAUUUCGGAUAACAGAUAGGAUAUCCUUAAUACAAGUUAAAAAGCCUAAUUAUUACAUACAGAAGGUCAGCCUAAAAAAAAAAAAA